AUGGUAGUUGGCAAGAACAAGCACCAUAUGAAAGGAGGCAAAAGGGGAGCCAAGAAGAAAGUGGUUGACCCAUUUUCUAAAAAAGAUGGGUAUGAUGUGAAAGCACCAGCUAUGUUCAAUAUAAGGAAUAUUGGUAAAACAUUGGUCACAAGAUCUCAAGGAACCAAAACUGCAUCUGAUGACCUGAAGGGGCAUGUUUUUGAAGUGAGUCUUGAUGAUCUGCACAAUGAUGAA